AUGUGCCAGUUCUGUGGGUCCAGAAAUUUUAUUGAUGAACGUCCUACCGAUGGUAAAUUUACCAGCUGCUGCCGCAAGGGCAAAGUUAAGUUACCAAAGCCACAUGACAUCAAUGGACAACAGUUGAACUAUCCAGAAUUUCUACGCAAGUUGCUCUCGGACACCACUCACCCCAACCGCAUUCAUUUCCGUGACAACAUAAGAUCUUACAACAGUGCUCUUUCAUUUGCUUCAAUGGGAGCUAACAUUGUCACAAUGCCAGGAAGAGGUCCAUACGUUUUCAAAGUUCACGGACAAACAUAUCAUCGCACUUCACACCUACAGCCUAUAAAUAAUGAACCACCACAGUUUGCUCAGCUGUACGUUCUUGACAGCACACAAGCGGCCACCAUUCGGGAAGAUAAUGCGGCCAACUCUGAGUGUCGGCGAGAAAUAAUGGACCAAAUCGACCGAUUCUUUCGUCAACACAAUCGACUUGCACAUAGCUAUCAGCUUAUUUGCGAAGUUGAAAGACGAGAAGUUCACCUGGCAGCUCAAAAAGGAGAACAAGUUCCGCAAAUUAGCAUGGCGCUAAGACGUGAUCGACAAUCAGAUCAACGACGAUACAACAAACCAACCUCCAAUGAAAUCGCAAUGGUCUUCGUGAAUGAAGAUGGUGAGCCACCGUUCCAACGAGACAUCAGAAUCUACCCCAAAAAUCCACAUGAUCCAAAACAGACAUUUAUCAAUAUCCACAUUCUAAGCCCAAACAUGGAUCCAAUGACAUAUGCACUUCUUUUCCCAUAUGGCGAAGCAGGCUGGCAAAGCAAUUGGCAAUGUGAUUCUUACAAUGAAGCCAAGCUAAAUCGCGUUCGCAACUAUGUGACCAUGUUGCAGUACAAGGCCGCCUUAACAGCCAUUCGAGAUGAUUUCAGUCCCAUCAUGGCCGCAGGCAAGUUGACUCAACAGUGGUUAGUAGAUUCAUAUCUUCAAGUCGAGGCUAAUAGAUUAAACUACAUUCGACAAAAUCAGCAACGCCUUCGAGCAGAACAGUAUCAGGGACUUGCUGACCACGUCGCAAACAUGGCAGUUAAUUUGAACAUGCCAGCUGGUGUGUCCGUUAUUCUACCUUCAAGCUUCGAAGGAUCACCAAGACAGAUGCGCGAACGUUGCUGUGAUGCAAUGUCAAUAUUUGCAAAGUGGGGAGCGCCAGAUGUUUUCAUUACAUUCACCGCUAAUCCAACUUGGCCUGAAAUCAUUGAGAACUUAAGGCCUGGCGAACAAAAUUCUGAUCGACCAGAUUUAGUUGCACGCGUUUUCAAACUAAAGCUUAAUUCUCUGAUGGAUGAUCUCACCAAACAUGGCUUAUUUGGUCAGGCCAAAGCUUUUGUCUAUACUAUAGAGUUCCAGAAAAGAGGACUACCACAUGCUCACAUACUGGUCUCACUGCGAACAGAAGACAAGUUUACCACUGUUGAACAAAUCAAUAAAUUUGUGUCAGCCGAAAUUCCAACAGAAGAUAACCCUCGGUUGCGCAACAUCAUCACACGAUGUAUGAUGCAUGGUCCAUGCGGCGCUAACAAUCCACACGCACCCUGCAUGCAAGACGGAAAAUGUACGAAGCAAUUUCCUAAACCAUUUAAUGAAGAAACCAUUCUAAACAUUAAUGCAUAUCCUGUGUACCGUCGUCGCCCUCAAGAACAAGUACACGUUAGAGGCGUACUUAUGUCCAACCAAAAUGUCGUCCCAUACAAUCCAUACUUGGCACUCAAGUACAACGCUCACAUAAACGUGGAAGUCUGCACAUCACUUGCAGCAAUUAAGUACAUCUACAAGUACAUUUUCAAAGGCUUUGAUUGCGCAAACGUUGCCAUAACAACAAACGGACAGCCAGAGCUACGCUACAACGAAAUCUCACAAUUCAUUGACUGCCGGUAUGUCAGCCCACCAGAGGCAAUUUGGCGUUUAAGAGAAUCGCUAAUGCACGAUCGUUCACACGCCGUAAUAAGACUUCCUGUACAUCUACCUAACCAGCAGACCAUCAUCUUUGAACAAGGAAAUGAAAACGAAGCACUCCUUGCAGCACAAACUGGUCGCACUAAACUAGAAUCAUGGUUUGACCUCAACUCUAAUAAUCCACAAGCACAACAAUGGCUGUACUCUGAAAUACCACAACACUACGUUUAUACGCAUGGCAAUUGGCAGGAACGACAGCGAGGGGGUGAAAACAUUGUGGCACGCCUGUAUACCGUCAGUCUCAAAAAUGAAGAACGCUUCUACCUACGGAUUUUGCUUCUACAUGUUCACGGUGCCAUCAGUUUCCACUCAUUGAGAACUGUAAAUGGUGUCCUGUAUGACACCUUUAAAGCAGCGGCUUUCGCUCAUGGACUUCUCGAAUCAGACGAUGAAUGGGAUCACUGUCUAACAGAUGCAGCCACGUACCUCAUGGGCAAACAGUUACGCGAAAUGUUUGCAUACAUCUGUUGCUUUUGUCAGCCAGCGAAACCACUUACAUUAUGGGAAAAUCACGUAACCAAUUUAACUCUCGACUUUAUGCAACACAAUCCAGAACACAUUGCACAAAAUCAUUCCCUCCAUGAAGUUAACACAAUUCUAAAACAACAUGGUUUAUCCUGUGCAGUGCUUGGCUUACCAAUUCCAACAGGAAAUGCCCCAAAAGAAGAGCAAUAUAAUCACGUUGAAGAGGCACAGCAGGCUAAUAAACGCAUUUCAAUGCUUAAUGAACGCCAGUUAUAUGCUUUCAACAGGAUUGUCAUGCCAGUGGAUAAUAAAAAUGUGCACAGCCAAUGCUUUUAUCUUGACGGACCCGGUGGAUCCGGAAAAACAUUCCUCUACACCACACUCAUUGCGUACAUCCGAGGACAAUCAAAAAUUGUACUCCCAUUUGCAACAACCGGAAUUGCUGCCACAUUGCUAAAAGGAGGACGCACUGUUCACAGCGGAUUUAAGCUUCCUGUGCCACUACUUGAUACAUCUGUUUCUUCCAUGAGACUCACGUCACCAGAGGCAGAAGUAUUACGGCAAGCUGCCCUCAUCAUUAUUGAUGAGAUUACAAUGCUUCCAAAACAUGGACUUCGAUGCAUCGACAAGCUACUUCGUGAGAUCAUGAACAUAGACACACCAUUUGGAAAUAAGACUGUUGUAGUAGGAGGUGAUUUUAGACAAACACUUCCAGUUGUCACAAGAGGAACACAAACUGAUAUUCUCGAAUGCUGCAUCAAAGCAAGUCCACUGUGGAAAAAUUUCACUCAUCUCACUCUUACUACAAACAUGCGCAGUAAAGGACAAGACCAACACAACGAAUGGCUUUUACAAGUUGGAAUGGGCAACGUGCCAACAAUUUCAGACAUCUCCAACAAUAACAUCAUUCAAAUUCCCCAAUAUAUGGUCACCAUGGACGAUCUUAUUACAACUAUUUUUAACAAUGUCCAACACAUGUCAGUGGAUGACCUUUCAACACGAGUCAUUGUUGCACCCACAAACGCACACACACUCGAUAUGAACCGCAAAAUUAUAGCACUAAUGGCUGGAAAUCCAACUAUUUAUUACAGCGCAGACUCUGUUGUCAGCGAAGAUCCCAACGACACUUUAAACUUCCCCCUUGAAUUUCUUCAUGACCAAACACCAUCAGGAAUGCCUCCACAUGUCCUGCUCUUAAAAAAAGGCGUCAUUAUCAUGCUUCUCCGCAACCUUAACCCAAAAAAGGGCUUGUGUAACGGGACACGAUUAAUUGUAGAAAACCUGGAACGUCACUUCAUAAAGAGCAGAAUUAUAUCAGAGUGCAACCAAGGCGACAUUGUGUUUAUUCCCCGAAUUGAUUUUGCUCCAAAUGAUACCACAUUGCCAUUUAUACUGCGCCGUAGACAGUUUCCAGUUAUUCCAGCGUACACAAUAACAAUCAACAAAUCCCAGGGACAAACUUUCGAUCACGUUGGAAUUCAUCUGCCAACAUCAGUGUUCUCACAUGGCCAACUUUACGUUGCUUUAUCUAGAUCACGGAAAAAAGAUCAAGUCAAAGUCUGUAUUACACCAAACGAACACCAAGGGCAGCUGCUUUGUGACGAACGACACUUCACUAGAAAUGUUGUUUUCAAAGAAGUUUUUGAUAUGUAA